AUGAUAAAAAAAUACUCAUCAAAUGCACUCUAUUUCGCGAAUGAAACUUUUAAAAACGAUAGAGAUGCAAUAUUAACAGCAGUAAAAGAAAAUGAGUUUGUACUCCAAUAUGCUAAUGAAACAUUGAAGAAUGAUAGAGAAUUUAUUUUGGAAGCUGUAAAGAUAAAUGGAAAAGUACUCCAAUACGCGAAGGAAAUAUUUAAAAGUGAUAGGGAAAUUGUGUUGGAAGCUGUUAAAGAUGAUGGAUUAGCACUUGAAUAUGCCAAUGAAAUUUUAAAACAUGAUAGAGAAAUUGGAUUGGAGGCCGUAAAAGAAAAUGCCGAAGCAUUUCUUUAUGUAAAUAACACAUUGAAAAAAGAUAGGGGACUUGUAUUGAAAGUUGUUAAACAAAAUGGAAUAUUACUUCAAUAUGCAAAUGAAUUAUUGAAAAAGGAUAGAGAAAUUGUGUUGGAAGCUGUUAAAGAUGAUGGAUUAGCACUUGAAUAUGCCAAUGAAACAUUAAAACAAGAUAGAGAAAUAUCUUUAGAGGCUUCAAAACAAGAAUUUUAUAGAGGAAUUAUUUUAGAAUCUAAUAUAAGAUAUACACCGAAUCUUUUUUACGCUUUUAAUAAUUAUAUCGAAUUUAAAAAUUUGAGAAACGAUAGAAAAUUUAUAUUAGAAGCUGUAAAACAAAAUGGAUUAGCUCUUGAAUAUGCUAAUGAAAUAAUGAAAAGAGAUAGAGAAAUUGUAUUGAAAGCUAUUCAAGAAAAUGGAUUAGCUCUUGAAUAUGCAAACGAGACAUUGAAAAAAGAUAGAGAAAUUGUGUUGAAAGCUGUAAAACAAAAUGGAUUAGCACUUGAAUAUGUUAAUGAAAUAAUGAAAAAAGAUAGAGAAAUUGUAUUGAAAUCUGUUAAGAAAAAUGGAAAGCCGUUUCAAUAUGCAAAAGAUACUUUGAAAAAUGAUAGAAAAUUUAUUUUGGAAGCUGUUCAACACAAUAGAGAUAUAUUUUUAUAUGUAAAUGCAAUAUUGAAAAUGGACAGAGGGUUUAUUUUGCAAGUAAUCAAAAAAAAUAGAGAUGUGCUUGAGUGUGCCGAUACGAGUUCAGUUUAUUACGACACAACCUUAAGUUAUUUACUUUGCAAUGAUACAGUUCUGGUUUAUUUACUUUCUAAACAUAAUCCAGAAUUAUCCAGAAAGUUUUCACCACAAUUAACUCAGAUUAUUGAUGAAUCCAACAAUCUAAACGCCAAACUAUCCAAAGAUGUGAUUGAACUAUACUCAAAACAGCUCAACUCUGAAAAUGAUUUGUAUUAUUGUAUUGAAUUACCAAAUGUAGAGCCAGACAAAUCGUUAACCCCGCAUUGGUUCUCUUUCAAACCAACCUAUUCAGUAGAAUUUAUUGAAAAAUUGGUUAUAUUUCAAAUAUUGAAAAAAGUACAAGAAAUGGAACCAUCAAAUGAUAUUUUCAACGGUGAAACUACUAACUAUAAUUUCUUUUGUUUCAAGUUGGAUAAACUUCUGGAAGAAACUUUAAUUCAACCAAAAACUGUCAAAGAUUUGAGGAAUACUGUUGAGAGUAUUUCAUCUAAAUUCGAUACAUCAUUUUACUCCAAAAAGGAAAUCAAGUGCAUCAGGUAUUUUUUCAUAACAUGGACAGAAAGUGACAAAUCUUUUACUGACUACAGGAGGAUAUUGUCAAGAUAUAACGAAAAACAUGGUGAUCUGUCAAAAAUAUUCAAAGCUCUCAAUAGAUACUACAAAUAUUUCAAUAAGAAUUACGACUUUAUUUCAAUAUUAGGAAACGGUGCAGAAGGGGCUGUUUUCAAAGUAUUACACAGAGAAAGUAGAACGUUGAUGGCUAUCAAAUUCAAAUAUGAAGUAGAAGAUAGCGAAGAAUCAACAAAUGAAAUUAUUAACUUAUUGAAACGAACAGAUAUGUGUGGAAAGAUAAAAUGUUUUGAUUGUGGAAUGAUUGAAAGACAUUUAUAUUCAGUAAUGGAAUUGGGAGAAGAAUCUCUAUCAGAUUAUAUUCAGGCAAAUAUUGAAGUUUAUAGAAAUUCAUCCAUGAUGACUAAAGAGAAAUUAAUUGAAAUCCUGCGAAUAUUUAUGCAAAUAUUAGAAUCUGUUCAGUCCAUCCAUGAUCACAACAUUUUACAUGGAGAUUUAGAUCCGCAAAAUAUUGUCAAAGUUGGAGAUCAAUACAAACUAAUUGAUUUUGAAACUUCCAAAGUAAUCAAGACAGGAAAUUCAAUUACAAUUGCUCGUGGAAAGUUUGCAUACAUGUCUCCUGAAGUUUCACAUGAUAAUUACACUGAUGACAUGUUUAAAAGAAAUAAUGAUUCUAAAUUAGCUCAUAACAUUGGAAAUAUUACAAUCUCAUGUGAUAUUUUUUCAUUGGGAUGUAUUUUAUUGAAAUUAUUAACACAUUGUCCAUUACAAUUAGAUGAGCACUUUGUUAAUGAUUCUGAUUUAUCAAAAUAUAAGGAUAAUUUCAUUUAUUUCACAACCUAUGGAAAGUAUUUCUAUACGGUUGUAACAACAAGUGAAGGGGAAACCAAAUUACACUAUGCCAUCGAACAACUGAUCAACAAAUCAAUUGAUACAAAUUAUGGAGUGAACAAUAUAUUAAUCAGAUGUAUUAUUACAAUGAUUCAAAGAGAUUCUUCCAAAAGAUUGUUUUGUUAUUCAUACAAAACAACUCUUGAGAAUGUAAUUAAAUUUUUGAAUGGAGAAAUUGAAAUAUCAAACAUUGAGAUGGACAUCAAGCAGUAUAAGGAAAUAAAAUCCUUGAUGAGUUACUCUCGACUUUUGGAAGAAAUCAACAAAGUGAAUCAGAGAAAUGAUUUCUUGAAUGAAAAAAUUAAACAUCUUGAAGAUGAAAACAACAAAUUAAAUCAGGAAAUCAACAAAUUACAUCAGAGAAAUGACAUAUUGAUGGAAAAUAACAAAUUGAAUCAGGAAAAUACAGAAUUGCAAGAGAAAAUUAAAAUAUUAGAGGAACAAAUUAGAAAACUCCACUUUUAA